UCACGCCUUCCUCUCCUUCCUACAGGCGCAGGUGGAACAGAGCAGCAGGAGAAGCAGAUCCUUAAUUGCCUCUUGGCCAAGCAGCUUUGCGAGGAGGACUCCAACUGCUCAGCCAUCCUCAAGGUCAUUCCUACACUAUGCGGCCCGGAACUGGUGGCGUGCUCGACAGUCACAGUGUCAAGGUGCCAGGCGGCGCUCAGAACCCUGGUGCAGUUCCCCUGGUUCCAGCCCACCUGUCUGUGCCGGGAGCCGCGCCUCGACCCGCAGUGCAAUGCCUUCAGGGACCUCCUCUUCGACCACCCCUGUGUCUUCGUCAGCAGGAAAGAAGUGGACAUGCACCCGCUGCAGUACAUCCCCACCUGCCAGCUGGCCUCCACCAUCUGCCAAGGCAAUCCGUGGUGCCAGCAACGCCUCGACAGUUUCCGCGCCACCUGCAAGUUCCGUGGGAGGAGAAUGCUACAACUCUGACAGAGAGGUGUGCAUGAGGGCGUGGCUGCAGCUGCGGGAGACACCUUUGCUGGGAUGUAUCUGUCCUGACGACAAGGACAAGAAGUGCUCCCGCCUAUACUCACUUGUCAACAAGAACCCCUGUGUCGGGGAGCGGUACCCAGGGCGCUUGGCGGCCAUGUCGCGGGUGGCGGCCGCCCUGGAGCUGCCGCUCUCUAAGGCGGUGCCGGUGCCCACGGCCGCCGCCACGCACCUCAUCAUCUCCUCUUCCCAAGCUGAACCCCUCUUCCCCCUCUCCACCAUCCACCACUACCUCCAGCACCUGCCGGUGACCAAGACCGACCACAACGUAUCUCUGGAGCAGCUCAAAUAUCUGGCGGGGACCUGUCAGUCAGCCCUCGAAGACUGCGUGGCGGAACCCGGCUGCCGUAGCUACCUGCACCUGCUGAACGGCCACUGCGAGGACGGCAAGUGCCACCGCGACGCCUGCAUGAGCUCAGUGCAGGACAUCUAUAAGUAUCUGCUGGAGACCAACCAGGAGCUUGCCCUCAAGAUCGCUCUCUGCGUGUGUCGGAAACACGACGGCCGGGAGGAGGAGGGAUGCCGGAGUGCUCAACGGCGCCUCCACCCGCCGUGCGCCGAGACCACCGAGACGCCCUCUAUCAGCCAGUGCCACAACCUGGGCCGGGACUGCCGCGGCGACCGAGUUUGCAGGUAUCGGCUGGAGCACUACGAGCUGUCCUGCGCGGCGGACACAGUGACGGGUCGCUGCGCAGGCCACCACCGGGAGUGUACCAAGGCCAUGCUGGGCUUGCUGGGCACUGACCUGCACACGAACUGCGUCUGUAAGGGCGUCGCCUUCCAGGACAUCAACCAGUGCCUGGCCUGGAAGCGUCUUCUCUGGGGCAACCCUUGUGUAGUUGAGGCUCAGCUGACCUACCACCUAAAGAGACUGGGCUUCAAGGUGGACAUCCUGGCGCCAGUCUUCAUGGAGGAGGACGAGAGGGAGAAGAGCAUCUAUGCCAAAGAAAAGAACUCCAAACUGGCCGGGGGUCGUGGACGAGGACAAGACGACGACCACGACGACGACCACAACCACGAUGACGACCACGACAUUCGCUCAGACGACCAGAACGACGUUAACGUGGAGGCGGACGACGGGACGCGGCUGCAGGCUCGGAAGGUGGCCAGCAGUGCCCCAGGCGACCACACCCCCCCACACGCCGCCCCCGCCGGUCUCACCUCCACCACCACCACCACUACCACCACCACCACCACUACCACCCCCGCCCACCACCACCACCAUACCCACGACAACGCUGCCGGAGAGAUACUGUGAGGUGCGGCGCCCGUGGGACUCCCGCUCCCACAUCAUAGAGGAGGGAGGCAGCAUGCGGCUUUAUAACGAAGGUGACCACGACUGCUCAGAGUUAUGCUUUUGCGAAAUACACGAGAGGACAAAAUGCAAG